CAACUUUUUCCCCAAGCGUGAAAUUCCUCAAGUUCGUGUCUUUUGUUUGUAUGUUGGACCGAGAAUGAGCGGAUCUCUGGCAGGAUAACAGCUACAGUUAAAACCUGUAAAGACACAAUAGAUGGAGGGAGAGAAGGAGAGACAGAGGCAGCAGCGAGAGGAGAAGGAGAGCAACGAGGCAGAAGACGACCAGAGGAGUGACGAGGACGAUGACGAGGAGGAGGAGGAAGAUUCAGAAGGUGCGGCGCUGGUCUGGCAGGAAGGCUACGGCGAGGACAAUCUGGGCCUUCCCAUCAUGCACUGGGAGGCGCUGAGCCUGCGCAUCGCUGAGCUGGAGAAGCAGGAAGAGGAGAACAAGGAGAAGAGGGCAAAGAGAGGAGUGUCUCUGGAGCGAGGCAGGGCUCCAGUCAGCUGGACGGAGGAGAGAGGGAGGAGAACGGAAAGCUGGGAGGACGGAGACGACGCCUGCAACAGCCACGUGCUGGCACUCACCUCCCGUUUCUCUCUUUCACUCAGUCAGAGCUGUAAUGAAAUGAGCAUAAAUGGACCUUAUGAACUGACUGGUGUGUCCUCCAGCCUGCAGACACAGAUGAACCUGCAGCUCUGCUUCAUCAACAACAGUGAGAGUGAGGAGGAGGAGGAGGACGAGAAGGAGGGAGAAAUGAGGGAGAAGGAGAGCAGCAAUACACGGGUAACUCCCCCACACACCACACCCUCCUCAUAGACAACAACAGUUUGAAGUGUGUGUGACUGUUUCUGCCAACCGAACAAUCUUUGUUUUUUUUGUGCAUAUGUUGUUUGAUCUUUUUUUAUUAUUCACGUGUAUCUUUGUGUACACUACCGGUCAAAAGUUUUAGAACACCCCAAUUUUUCCAUUUUUUUAUUGAAAUUCAAGCAGUUCAAGUCAAAUGAACAGCUUGAAAGGGUACAAAGGUAAGUGGUGAACUGCCAGAGGUAAAUAAAAAAAGGUAAGCUUAACCAAAACUGAAAAGUAAUGUACAUUUCAGAAUUAUACAAGUAGGCCUUUUUCAGGGAACAAGAAAUGGGUUAACAACUUAACUCUAUGGAGUCUUGGGCUAUUUUGAAUUCUUUUCAUGUCUUUGUAAAUCAUUUUGUGUCCUUUUUGGUCAUUUUGUGACUUUUAGUGUC